CUAGUCGCAUAUCAUUUGCGAUCACAAGAUUCGCAGACAAGCCGGGAUACCAUUGACGAAACCCCAUAAUUUCCCGCAUUAUCUAAUAACUGCGGGCAGUUAUGGCUUCCGAACCCAGCAAUAUUUCCAACAAAUUAUCAGAACAAAAGCCAACAAAUGGCGCCAAUCUCCCAGCGCAGCCAUCCGGCGCAACUGAGCCUGCCGAGGAGAGCAAGCCUACUUCAGACAUCAAGACCCUUAAUGAAGUGAAAUCUACCGAUGAGACGAAACCCCACUCACAGGUUCCCACAUCUGCAGAUACAGCUCCCAAGGAAUCUGUUACCGAGUCGAAUGUGGGUGAAAAGCGGGAGCACGAAGUAAUACCCACGACAGUGGAAGCGGCUAAAACUGGCGCCGAUGAUGCAACAGAGCCUGCAACCAAGAAGAAGAAGAAGAAUGAUGCGGAGAAGAACGGGCCAAAGACCGUUCCAUCAGUUCCUACGACUGCGAAGCACACCAAGAAAGGCCAAACUACAAAUGGGGACAAGAAGAAGUAUGGGCGAUCGAAAGUCGCAAAGGAGCCUGCCAAAAGAGACCCUCCCAUGGAUGGAAUUAGUAGUCGAACUCGCAGUCGCACUAAGGUUGCUCCUUGAACCGUCUAAUCGUUUGUCUCAAUGACGUUAGUAGCGGGCUUUCACCAAGAUGGCACUUGUCGGGAAAUAGUUGGAGGUUAGGGCACCGCUUGUGUACGAGACAAUCAUUUGCCUCGAAUAGCUGAAUACGAAUUUGAUAAGUAUGAUAAGCCGAACGAUUCUCUAU